AUGUCAAGUUCUAAACAGAUGAGCGAUAAUAAUUAUCCAAGUCAACAUUCAAUAAUCGAAGUGAACAACUCAAAUAUUUCAUCAGACGAAUCAAAUUCCAUAUCAAAAAAUCAAGUUCAUGAGAAAGAUUUAGAAUUGGGAUCAAAAGAUGAAGAAAAAACAAGUGAAUUCGAUCAAACUCACGUCAAUGAAUUAUCAAAAGAAUCAACUUCAAAUACCCACUUGACUUUUUCUCAAAAAUUAAAAAUUAAAUUUCCAUGGUAUAGAUUAGCAAUUGAUAUCUUUUUAGGUUGUUUUUUCACAUCAUGGUGGUUAUCAAUUAUUAUUCAAGAUAAACACAGACAUCAAUGGUUAAUUCCAACUAUUUUAUGGAUGAUGAUUAUGGUUAGAUUAAUUACAUGGCAUUGCCGUAUCUUACCUUAUUUAUUGUCAAAAGUUAAAAAGGUUUGGGAUUUCUUAUGUGAAAUCGUCUAUAAUAAAGUAUUACCAAAACAUUAUCAAAGAUUAUUAGCUGGUGCCACCAUUACAACAGCGGUAAUUUUGUUGGGAACUUUCGUACCAAGUGAAACUGAAUUUUCAAAAAGAAAGGAUAGAGCUGUUUCCUUUUUUGGUAUCAUAGUGGCAAUAUUUGGUUUAUUUAUAACUUCAAAAUAUCCAAAAAAGAUUCAAUGGCAAACUUGUAUUGGAGGAUUUUUAAUGCAAUUUAUUGUUGCAUUAUUUGUUUUAAGAACCAAAUGUGGUUAUGAUGUUUUCAAUUUCAUCAGUUCCUUAUGUAGAAGUCUUUUAGGAUUUGCAAAAGACGGGGUAGCUUUUUUAACUAAUACUGAAGUAGCACACUUUCCAAUGUUCUUCUUUACUGUAUUACCAGCUGUUGCAUUUUUUGUUGCUUUUGUUCAUAUUUUAUAUUAUUUUGGUGUUGUUCAAUGGGGUAUCAGAAAAUUUGCUUAUUUCUUCUUUUGGUCUUUGAGAGUUUCAGGUGCUGAAGCAAUGACAGCUGCUGCUUCACCUUUUAUUGGAAUAGGGGAAAGUGCAAUUUUGAUUAAAGAUUUAAUGCCUUAUUUAACAAAAGCUGAAUUACAUCAAGUUAUGACAUCUGGGUUUUCAACUAUUUCUGGUGCUGUUUUAGUGGGGUAUAUUGGAUUAGGUUUGAAUCCUCAAGCAUUAGUUAGUUCUUGUGUUAUGUCAAUUCCUGCUUCAUUAGCUAUUUCAAAAUUAAGAUAUCCAGAAACUGAUGUACCUUUAUCAUCUGGUAAAGUAAUGAUACCUAGUGAAGAGAAAGAUGAAUCAAAAAAUGAUGCAGAUAAACCACAAAAUGCAUUACAAGCUUUUUCAAAUGGUGCUACUUUAGGUUUAAGAAUUGCAGGUACUAUGAUGAUUCAAUGUAUGUGUAUUAUUGCACUUGUUGCUUUAUGUAAUGGUAUCUUAACAUGGUUUGGUCAAUAUUGGAAUAUCAAAGAAUUAACCUUAGAAUUAAUUUUUUCAUAUAUCUUGUAUCCAGUAACUUUCUUAUUAGGUACACCAAGAAAUGAAAUUUUACAUGUUUCAAAAUUAUUAGCUUAUAAAUUUAUUCAAAAUGAAUAUGUUGCUUAUAAUUUAUUAAUGACACAAGCUCCAUAUACUGAAUUAUCCGCAAGAGGUCAUUUAAUUGCAACUUAUGCUUGUUGUGGGUUUGCAAAUUUAGGAAGUUUAGGUAUUACUUUAGGUGUUUUAAAUACUUUGACAAAUAAUCUGCGUGCUAAAGAUAUAUCUCAAAGUAUUAUGUCAGCUUUGGUGUGUGCUGGUAUAGCUACAUUAACAUCUGCUGCUAUUUGUGGGAUGGUACUUAAUGAUCUUACCAAUUUUGUAAAGUAG